GAGGGAGCUCUAAGAGCUGUGCAUCACCGGACCUGCGCCGGCUCUUCAGGGGCUACUUUUUAAAGAAAUGCCGCUAAAGUGGAACACAACUGUUAUUACGGGCAAAGCCAGAAGACCGAGAAGUCCAUCCAAAAGUCGGAAAUGAAGAAAUGUCAAGAGAAGGAUGAGAUGAGUAAGAGCAACGCAGCUAAUGUAGCUUAAUCCAGUACAAGCAAUAAAGAGCAAAGAUGGGGGAGAGAAACCAGACGAUCUUGGCAGUUACAUGGUCUCAAGGCCAGCCUUUAGAGAGCCCUCAGGACCCUUUUGUGACAAACUAUGACAUUCUUUUGGAUUAUGACGUUCCCCUGGACGAGAUCCCGGACACGACUCAGGGCAGAGCCUUUUUUGUAGCUACCAUCAUCAUCGCUGUUGUUCUGGUCAGCAUCAUGCUUGUUUGUGGGAUUGGGAACUGCCUCUUCAUCGCCACAUUAGCACGUUACAAAAAGCUACGGAACAUCACCAACCUGCUCAUUGCUAACUUAGCAGUGUCAGACUUCCUGGUGGCAGUUGUGUGCUGUCCAUUCCUGGUGGAUUACUAUGUCGUUAAGCAGCUCUCUUGGGACCAUGGGAUCGUCCUGUGUGUUUCCAUCAACUACCUGAGGACAGUGUCUCUCUACGUGUCCACUAACGCCCUGCUGGCCAUCGCUGUAGAUAGGUACAUGGCAAUUGUGCAUCCUUUGAAGCCACGGAUGAAGUACCAGACCGCCUACUGGCUCAUAUUCGGGGUUUGGAUCAUCCCCAUCCUGAUCUCCGUCCCCUCUGCCUACUUUGCCACGGAGCAGGAGUACCCUCACAGCACUGUUGCCCACGACAACAAGAUCUUCUGUGCCCAGAUCUGGUCUGCAGAUCAGCAGCUACUUUACCGCUCCUACUUUUUGUUCGUUCUGGUCGUGGAGUUCCUGGGGCCUGUGGCGGUCAUGGCAACCUGCUAUGCCUGCAUCUCGCAUGAGCUGUGGUUCAAGAAUGUCCCGGGAUUUCCAACUGAGCAGCUCCAGCGGCGGUUGCGUCGUCGUCGUCGAACCGUCGUGGCACUGAUUGCUGUGCUGGUGGCCUACGUGUUGUGCUGGGCACCGUACUAUGGCUUUGCACUCUUGCGUGAUUUUUAUCCAGCGCUAAUCACACGGGAGCGCAACUCGCUGGUGGCGUUCUACAUCAUUGAAUGCAUCGCCAUGAGCAACGGGGUCAUCAACACUCUGUGCUUCGUGAGUGUGAGGAACAAUGCCGCCAAGUGUCUCAAGGGGACGAAACUUGUGCAAUGGCACGCCGUCUCGAGGACCAACGCUACCAUCUGCAAGAUGGCAGAAGAGGGUGAAAUCAGGACUUCCUCAGUUAGAAUGACAGAAGAAGUGGAAUGUACACAGAUAAGGUGAAAAAAUGGAAAGAAAGCAGAGGAAGGAAGAAAUCGAGAGAGUGUUCCUGGUGUUGCCGUUUACAUUGAAGCCAGUGAGGUGUUUUACUUACACCAAGGGACAGAUUGUGGCAUCUUAGGUUCCAUUCCUGAUAGAAAUUCUCAUAUUUUAGGGUGACAGUCCAGUUGGCCUAGUUCAGAAAGGGUAACUGGUGGACAUAGAAGAAAUAUGUCCUUUAUAAAACUGAGGAGGAAUCCUUGUAGUGGUAAGAUAGAUCGGGGUUACUUAACUGCAGUCCAGCAGGGCCCCAGUUCUACUGUUCCUGAUUCAACACAUCUGUUAAUUAUUGGGUUCAGUAAAGCUUUGUGCUGCUAGAAUAAAACUGAAAAGAAAUACUAAAGAAAUCAUGCAUAAAGAUGAAGUAAUAUACCCCAAAACAGAGCCUUGAGGCACUUUAUGGGGUAAAACAAUACACAAUGAAUGGAAAUCAACAAACUGUGCUGGACUGCAGCUCUCCAGGACUGGAAUGGCAUUGGCCUUUAUUCAUUGCCCUUCUCUUGUGAAGCGGGCACAUAGUUCAAAGGACAUCAGCUUCACAGGGUGCACAAAUGAAAAUACCUCAGAACAAACAAAACUCAUCUCCAUCCUUUUUUUUCUGGAAUUUAACUUUGCCAGAGCAAUCCA